AUCAAAUCGCACAGAAUUAUUUUUAGCUCAUCUGAUUUUUUGAAAAAAAAUGAUGAGUUAUUGUCAUCACUUGAGCGGUUGUCGGCGUCGGCGUCGGCGUUGCCUGGUUAAGUUUUAUGUUUAGGUCAGCUUUUCUCCUAAACUAUCAAAGCUAUUGCUUUGAAACUUGGAAUACUUGUUCACCAUCAUAAGCUGACCCUGUAUAGCAAGAAACAUAACUCCAUCUUGCUUUUUGCAAGAUUUAUGGCCCCUUUUGUACUUAGAAAAUAUCAGAUUUCUUGGUUAAGUUUUAUGUUUAGGUCAACUUUUCUCCUAAACUAUCAAAGCUAUUGCUUUGAAACUUGGAAUACUUGUUCACCAUCAUAAGCAGACCCUGUACAUCAAGAAACAUAACUCCAUCUUGCUUUUUGCAAGAAUUAUUGCCCCUUUUGGACUUAGAAAAUCAGUUUUCUUGGUUAAGUUUUAUGUUUAGGUCAGCUUUUAUCCUAAACUAUCAAAGCUAUUGCUUUAAAACUUGCAACACUUGUUCACCAUCAUAGGCUGACCCUGUACAGCAAGAAACAUAACUCCAUCCUGCUUUUUGCAAGAUUUAUGGCCCCUUUUGGACUUAGAAAAUAUCAGAUUUCUUGGUUAAGUUUUAUGUUUAGGUAAACUUUUUCUCUUAAACUAUCAAAGCUAUUGCUUUGAAACUUGCAACACUUGUUCACCAUCAUAAGCUGACCCUGUACAGCAAACAACAUAACUCCAUCCUGCUUUUUGCAAUAAUUAUUGCCCCUUUUGGACUUAGAAAAAUCAUUUUCUUGGUUGAAUAUUAUGUUUAAGUCAACUUUUCUCAUAAACUAUCAAAGCUAUUGCUUUAAAACUUGCAACAGUUUUUCACCAUCAUAAGUGGACACUGUACAUCAAGAAACAUAACUCUAUCCUGCUUUUUGCAAGAAUGAUGGCCCUUUUUAGACUUAGAAAAUCAUGGAUAGGACAAUAUUUCUAUUAUACAAAAAAAAUCAGAUGAGCGUCAGCACCCGCAAGGCGGUGCUCUUGUUUAUCAUUAAAAGUAGUUUGACUUUGUAUCUCAAACAGCCAGACCAGAGAUAUGGCCCUUAAAAUUUGGUGUUGCAUGUAGCGGAAAAAAAAAUUGUGCUACAUGAAACAUUCUUCUUCUUCCAUUAAUGUAAGAGGCUCACUCUGGAGCAUUGUCAUACAUGGUGACUGUACAAAGUAGAUGUGAGGACUUGUUUGGAGUGAGUAUGAUUCUCCCGCUGAUAGCGACUCAUGCACGGGACCUGGGUGCUUCACCUACAGUUGUAGGGGUUCUUGGUUCAACUUAUGGAGCCAUACAGCUGUUCACAAGUCCAUUAGUGGGUCAGUGGAGUGAUGUAGCUGGGCGACGUUUUACUAUACUUGUGUGUUUGGUCAUGUCAGCUUGUGGGUACAUGAUGUUUGCCUUUGCUACAACAGUUGUUCUCAUGUUUGUUGCAAGGCUUCCACUAGGUAUUUUCAAACAUAGUCAGAAUAUAGGCAAGUCAUACCUUGCAGAUAUAACUACAAAGAAUGAUCAGACUGCUAAGAUAGGUCAUUUCAAUGCGGCUUCCAGUAUUGGAUUUGUGCUUGGUCCACCUGUUGGAGGACAUAUUGCCGAGCUCAAAGGUGGAUUCUAUCUAGUUUCACUGCUUACUGGUGCUGUAUUCCUUUUGAACUUUGUUUUGAUAUGGCUCACAGUACCAGAAACAACAUCAAGGAAGGAAAAGAUGAGAAGAAACUAUUCCUCGGCAGAUUCCUUAAGACAGAUGCAGUCGGAUGAGCUCAAUUUCAGCAGUAAAGGCUUUAUGCAAGCAGUUACAGAAAUUGAUUGGCAUGAUUUAUGGGACCUCUACCUUAUCAAAUUUUUACUUGGAGCUUCUGUGAUUGUUUUUAGAAGUAAUUUCUCAUUAAUGCUUCAAGAGAAAUACCAUACAACUCCUGCAGAAAAUGGAUAUAUCAUUUCAGUGAAUGGAAUAGUUUCAGCAUUUGUAGGUUUUUUAACAGGAUAUAUAGCAGAUUAUUACAAUAAUAAUGCAAAGUUACUUCUACAUUUAUCUAUUCUUCAAGUGUUUGUCCUGUUAUGUCUUUCACUAACCACACCAUUAUGGAUAUUUGUUAUAAGUUUGUUACCACUUGGGUUUGUAACAACUAUAUCCCGAGUUUCUGGGACUAGUUUGACGUUUGAAAGGGGAAGCAAGGAAGAAGUAGGUAUUCUUAUGGGUUUUCAGCAGACUUGUAUGUCAGUUGCCAGGAUGUUAGGACCAGUGGUUGCUGGGAUAGCACAGGAAGCGACAUCAUCUGGACCAGGAAUUGUGGGAGCUGUACUGGCAUUGACUGCAGUAUUAAUAAUGAUUAUCAGACCACAGGAUCCAAUGAAAAGAUCAUUUAAAGUAAAGAAGCACAUUUAAUCUUUAUUUUUUACGAUAUGAUAUAUUGCAUUAUUUUCUAAAAAUGAAUUAUGGUAUAAGGUAGCAUGCCUUACAGAUAUACCCAAGUUGUUUCAAAAGCUAGGAAGGUCUUUCAGAUUUUGAUAUUGUAAAUAAAUGUUAACAUAUGAUAUAGCAAGUUUUGUGCAGUAUUAUUCAUCAGAAAGAUCAAAAUAAAAGAAAUCUGUUUAUAACAGCUCCAGCAAUCUUCUACAUACUAAAUGAAAUUCAGUGUAUGUUAAUGUCUCUUGAUCAUUAAAUACUCUACAACAAACACA